UCCCCCUAGCCCCAGCCGCUGAGGAGAUUUCUGCCUCCCUGCGCCGCCAUGAAGAGGAAAUUCUACCAGUUAGAAGAAGAGGGGGACCCCUCCUCUUGCUCCUCCUCCUCCUCCUCCUCCUCCGGCUGCGUCUCGCCGCCUUCCUGCUCCUCCACGUCCUCCACUUCCCCUCCCUGGGGGUCUGACGAGGAGCCGUGGGUUCGGGGACCCCAGCCCGGACAGGAUUCGUGCAGCCCCAAAAGUUCUACCCCCCUUUCCAUCCUCAGACGCACUGCCCAGCGCCGCGCGGGCCGCGUGGCCUUUGAGGGUGUCACCGUCUUCUACUUCCCCCGGUGUCAGGGCUUCACCAGCGUCCCCCGACGGGGCGGCUGUACGCUGGGCAUGGCACCCCACCACACCACCACCCGCCGCUUCUCCUUGGCCGAGUUCACCCUGGAGCAGGCCCGGGUCCGCCGGGAGAGGCUGCGCCAGAGGCUGCGGGAGGAAAACAUGGAGGCCCAGAGGCAGAAGCUGCUGGCAGCCGGCCUGCUGGAGGAAGACUCGAACCCAGAGCCCAUGGUGGAUGAGGCGGCCGUGGAGGAAGCGCUGGAGGAGGCCGUGGCCCGGGGCGGCCUGGAGGACGAUGCAUUCCUGCAGCCCUGUCCCGCCCGCCAGCGCAGGGCCUUGCUCCGGGCCUCCGGUGUCCGCCGGAUCGACCGGGAUGAAAGGCGGGAACUACGGGCCUUGCGCCGGGCCCGCGAGGAUUGUGGCUGCCGCUGUAUCCAUGCCUGUGACCCCCGCACCUGUAGCUGCAGCCUGGCUGGCAUCCCGUGCCAGAUGGACCACACGUCGUUCCCCUGCGGCUGCGCUCGCGAGAGCUGCGCCAACCCCGAGGGCCGCGUGGAGUUCAACCAGGCCCGAGUCCACACGCACUUCGUGCGCACCCUCGCCCGGCUGCAGCUGGAGCAGGCCACCGCCACCGGCGAUCUGGGAGAAACUGAGGCACCCGGUGGCGGCCACCCCUCGGGCCUGGGAGAGCAGGCCCUUCUCCCCCCCUUCCCGGGGGGCACCAGCAGCGAGUUGGAGGAGGACAGCCGCAGCAGCGACAUGACGGAUUCUUCCACCGCCUCGUCUUCCUCGUCCAGUUUGGGGGAGACGCAGGGAGAUGACCCUGCGCCCCCCUUCCAGCCCUGUGAGCUGUGGGGUGAGGAAGAGGAGGAGGAGGAGGAGGAGGAGGCCGCCAGCCGAGACCCCCUGGAUCACCUCAGCUGCUUCCAUUUCAACGACGUCUUCGGCGCGGCCCAUUGGCCCCAGAGCUUCGCGAGUUCGAAUCUCCCCUCGGGGAUCUGGGACGAGAAUGCCAACCUGGAUGCGGACAGCGCCCCCGGGGCUCCCCCGGCCCAGCCGGGCUGUGACUCACUCGCCUGGCUCCAGGCCCUGCCUGACUACAGUCUGGGGCCCCGGUACCCGGCCCCCCACACCCCCCCAGAUGGCCCCACACCUGGGGACCUGAGCCCUGGCUUCCUGGAUUCCCUCCUGGGCCUCUCCGACCCGGCCACGGCAGCCACGGAGCCCACCCUGCCCUUCGAUCACGGGGCCACCUCCCUCGUAGAACCCGCACCCCUGUGAUGCGCCAUUGGGGCCCCCCCUCCCCGAGCCCAGCG